UUGGGUCAGUAAAUCACAUUGAGUUGGACACUGAAAGUUGCACAGGCUGAGAUGUGUUAGUGGCUACACCUGUUAAGGACAGGUAUUAUUUUUCAUGUGUUUGGACUCAUACUGGCAUCAUUUGGGGAAAUGAAAAGCUACACAUCUUCAUUCCUUCUGAUCCUGAGUCUUUUUCUCACUUCAGCAGAUGCUUCUUCAACUACUCCCCUGACUACCUUGACUUCUCCAGAAGUUUCAUCUACAGAAAUUACUACAGAUCUCACUUCAUUUUCAGCUAGUGUUUCUGAUGUAACUUCAGAAGACCCUACUACAGCUACAGUCAACACCACUCCUACACCAGAUAUUUCAACAACUGUUGAAACCACAGCAACCAGUGAAUCUCCAAAUACGCCAGAAACCACUGUAACUCCAAAUGAAAGUACAACAGGGCUUUCCAGUGUAACUUCAGAAGAUCCUGCUACAGCUACAGUCAACACCACUCCUACACCAGAUAUUUCAACAACUGUUGAAACCACAGCAACCAGUGAAUCUCCAAAUACAGCAGAAACCACUGUAACUCGAGAUGAAAGUACAACAGGGCUUUCCAGUGUAACUUCAGAAGAUCCUGCUACAGCUACAGUCAACACCACUCCCACACCAGAUAUUUCAACAACUGUUGAAAUCACAGCAACCAGUGAAUCUCCAAAUACAGCAGAAACCACUGUAACUCCAGAUGAAAGUACAACAGGGCUUUCCAGUGUAACUUCAGAAGAUCCUGCUACAGCUACAGUCAACACCACUCCUACACCAGAUAUUUCAACAACUGUUGAAACCACAGCAACCAGUGAUUCUCCAAAUACAGCAGAAACCACUGUAACUCCAAAUGAAAGUACAACAGGGCUUUCCAGUGUAACUUCAGAAGAUCCUGCUACAGCUACAGUCAACACCACUCCUACACCAGAUAUUUCAACAACUGUUGAAACCACAGCAACCAGUGAUUCUCCAAAUACAGCAGAAACCACUGUAACUCCAAAUGAAAGUACAACAGGGCUUUCCAGUGUAACUUCAGAAGAUCCUGCUACAGCUACAGUCAACACCACUCCUACACCAGAUAUUUCAACAACUGUUGAAACCACAGCAACCAGUGAAUCUCCAAAUACAGCAGAAACCACUGUAACUCGAGAUGAAAGUACAACAGGGCUUUCCAGUGUAACUUCAGAAGAUCCUGCUACAGCUACAGUCAACACCACUCCCACACCAGAUAUUUCAACAACUGUUGAAAUCACAGCAACCAGUGAAUCUCCAAAUACAGCAGAAACCACUGUAACUCCAGAUGAAAGUACAACAGGGCUUUCCAGUGUAACUUCAGAAGAUCCUGCUACAGCUACAGUCAACACCACUCCUACACCAGAUAUUUCAACAACUGUUGAAAUCACAGCAACCAGUGAAUCUCCAAAUACAGCAGAAACCACUGUAACUCGAGAUGAAAGUACAACAGGGCUUUCCAGUGUAACUUCAGAAGAUCCUGCUACAGCUACAGUCAACACCACUCCUACACCAGAUAUUUCAACAACUGUUGAAAUCACAGCAACCAGUGAAUCUCCAAAUACAGCAGAAACCUCUGUAACUCCAGAUGAAACUACAACAGGGAUUUCCAGUGUAACUUCAGAAGAUCCUGCUACAACUACAAUCAACACCACUCCUACACCAGAUAUUUCAACAACUAUUGAAAUCACAGCAACCAGUGAAUCUCCAAAUACAGCAGAAACCACUGUAACUCCAGAUGAAACUACAACAGGGAUUUCCAGUGUAACUUCAGGAGAUUCUGCUACAACUACAGUCAACACCACUCCCACACCAGAUAUUUCAACAACUAUUGAAAUCACAGCAACCAGUGAAUCUCCAAAUACAGCAGAAACCACUGUAACUCCAGAUGAAACUACAACAGGGAUUUCCAGUGUAACUUCAGGAGAUCCUGCUACAGCUACAGUCAACACCACUCCCACACCAGAUAUUUCAACAACUGUUGAAAUCACAGCAACCAGUGAAUCUCCAAAUACAGCAGAAACCACUGUAACUCCAGAUGAAAGUACAACAGGGAUUUCCAGUGUAACUUCAGAGGAUCAUACUAUGACCACCGUUGAUGUAACAACAACAACAUCUACUCAGUCAACACCCACAACCACAACUGCCAAACCUAUUGUGUGUCAAAAUGGUGGAACUCCACAAUCAAACAACCUGGCUUGUAUCUGUCGCCCUGGUUUUACAGGGACACACUGCAGUAAUGCUGAAACUCAAAUUACAGUCAAAGAGAACAUUGAAAGGACAGUCAAAGUUGGUAUGGAAGUGAAUGAAGAAUUUACUGCUGAUCAUGGAGACGAAUCAUCAGAGAAAUAUAAAAAUGUUGUUAAAAGAUUCAAUGAAAUGGUGGUUGAACCCUUUUAUAAGGAAAUGUCUAAUUUUGAGCGUGUGGACAAAAUAACUCUAAGUGCUGGUAGCCCAAUGAAACAAAAAAGUAGACUGAGGCAAAGAGGAAUAAGAAGCUUAUCUUUGAAGGAAACUCAAAGUGUGAAGGUUGAUCAUGAUGUUAUUCUUAACAUUAUAAACGAGAACAUCGAAGAAACUUAUACAACUCUAGUCAAAGAAUUGGAUGGGGUUCUCAAUGAAAUCAAAGAGGAUGUCAAAGACUUUGUAAGUGGUGCCUCAGCAACACCGACUAACCUCAAAGAUGACAUCAAAGAGGUUUGUACAGAGGCUACAGAAGAUUUAGGUGAAGACUUCCAAAAGUAUUAUGAAGCAGUUCUGUUGGAUGCCAAAGUGACAUGUGUGACUCCAUGCCAUAACGCUCAUAGUCAUCCAAAAACAUGUAUGAACGCUGGCACCUGUGGAGUUACUAAACAAGGUCCAUCCUGCUAUUGCCUCGAAACUGAAGCUAACUGGUACUUGGGAGAGGAUUGCAGUUUCCAGGUGCACAAGGUUGGAUUCUAUGCUGGAUUGGGAACAGUGGCAGCCGUUGCAGUAAUAACUAUAGCAUUCCUGACAGCUUAUCUUGUGAUAAACAAACAGGCUGUAAAAAGGAAUAAGGACAUUAAGCAAGAGCUAGUGAAAGAAUGGUUAGAUGAUGACUUUGAGUGGCCACCACAAAAGAAAACAUCAGUUGGCAUGUAUGAUAAUCCAGUCUACUCAUCGGGAGGCAUGCAUAAGCAGAACAGUUUAGAAAAAUAUAAACCAGAUUUCUCUGCGGAUCGAUACUACACCCAGAAUUUCUCACCUGAACCUGAUAUUAAUCUCCGGAAUUUUCAGAGAGACCAGCUUAUGAAUAUGAACAGACCUCAGAUCCGGACAUCUUUUGAUAUUUAAGUGAUAUUCGAAAUGUAUGGAAUUUAACACAAGUAGAAUGGCUCUGUUUGACAUAUUGAAUGUAUCUGUUGCUUGGAUGCUUUAAAAAUUUCUAGUCUUGAUGAUCAAUCUCAAGUCAAUUGCGAGAGAGUUCAAUUUUGUACCAUAACAUUUUUUAGUAAUAGUACAAUUGUGCAUAUUUUCUGUAUCUCAGAUGUGUGACAAACAUCGUCCGUCCAUAUUGUGUUUGAUCAUAUGAUGAAGAGAAGCAGUGAAACUUUAGAAAUGUCCUGCUUCCCUUCAGAUAUGUUAUUAAAAUAAUGAAAGUAGCAAAAUAACAAUAUAGUGUAGAGCUAUAUCAUUUUUACAGCUUUGUUAGUGCUCCUUUAGGAGUCCUAGUGUUUUAUUAUCAUUGUUCUUUAUCACAUUGUAUUAAUAUGAAUUGGUUUGUAGAUUACAUAUUAACCACAAAUUAUUUAUUAACAUACUCCAGAAAUUAUUUAUUAUCAUUAUAUUCCACACGUUUGUAAAUUGACACUUGCUCAUGUUCAAAUAAAUAAAUAUAAAUAUAUAUUCUCAA